UCAGCCUGCAGACAUCAUGAAGGCGGCUCUGCUCUGCACCUUGCUGUGCGUCUUCCCGACGUCUGUCCACAGUCGAGUCUCAGUGACCGUCACUCCCGGCUGGUCUCAGUUCUUUCAGUUUUGGAAUGUGUCUUUGGGCUGUGAUCAUGUGAGCUCUGGUAAAUGGUCGGUUUGGAGAUACUCAAAUGUAACGUUAAAGAUGUCUCAGUGUGGAUCCGACUGGGGCGAACAGACUUCCAAUGCCUGCAUCAUGAAGUACCCCAAAACAACCGACAGCGGAGUGUACUGGUGUCAGUCUAUUUCCAGAGACAGCAGCAACACCGUCAACAUCACUGUCACUGAUCAAAAAGUGAUCCUGCAGAGUCCCGUCCUCCCUGUGAUGGAGGGAGAUGAUGUCACUCUGAGAUUCUCAGUGACCGUCACUCCUGGCUGGUCUCAGUUCUUUGAGUAUGGAGAGGUGUCUUUGAGCUGUGAUCAUGUGAGCUCUGGUAAAUGGUCGGUUUGGAGAUACUCAAAUGAAACGUUAAAGAUGUCUCAGUGUGGAUUAGGGAUGUGGGGCAAACAGACUUCCAAUGCCUGCAUCAUUAAGUCUGCCAAAACAUCUGACAGCGGAGUGUACUGGUGUCAGUCUAUAUACAGAGACAGCAGCAACACCGUCAACAUCACCGUCACUGAUCAAAAAGUGAUCCUGCAGAGUCCCGUCCUCCCUGUGAUGGAGGGAGAUGAUGUCACUCUGAGAUGUAGAACAAACAAGUCCUCCGACCUCCCCGCUGUCUUCGAGAAAGAUAACUCCUCAAUCCAUUAUGGGCUAUAUGGUCACAUGACCAUCUACCAUUUCAGUGAGUCUCAUGAAGGCGCCUACCGCUGUAAAAUCGGCAGUGAUGUGUCUCCACACAGCUGGCUGCUGAUGAAAGAUGAUUCUGAGUCGCCCCUGCUCACAGUGUCUCCUGACUCGUCUCAGAUGUUUGAGUAUAAGAGCCUGUCUCUGAGCUGUGGGGACAACAGCAGCUCUCAGGGCUGGAAGAUCAUCAGGUCCACAACCUCCGAUGGCAAGAUCUCCAGCUGUGGAGUUAUAUGGUGGUUUCUUACCUCCUCUGGCUGUGACAUCCGGGGAGCCAAGCAGUCCGACAGCGCCACCUACUGGUGUGAGUCUCCUUCAAAGCAGCUGAGCAACUCUCUGAACAUCACCAUCGUCCCAGACACAGAGGUGAUCCUGCAGAUUCCUGUCCUCCCUUUGAUGUAGGGAGACAAUGUCACUCUGAUCUGCAGAGCAGUUAGAUCCUCCGACCUCUCAGCUGAUUUCUACAAAGAUGGCUCCUUCAUCAGGACUGAGCCCACAGGUCACAUGACCAUCCAUAAUGUUUCCAUAUCUGAUGGAGGCCUCUACAAGUGUAACAUCAGCGGUGUUGGAGCGUCUCCGGUCAGCCAGCUGUUUGUCAGAGGAAGGAACCAGGCUGUUUCCAUGACGACGUCUCCACCAAACGAGGAUGAUGAGGGACAGUAUGAUGACAUGGCUGAUGUCACCACCGAGCAUCAUUUCUAAACUUUCUCUCUUGUUCUCUUGCUCUCAUGUUGUAUGUUUAUAAAAAAGAUAAAUGUUUUAUAUGUGAUAUUUUUCUACUGUUAUGUUUUCUACAUUGUGUUAAAUGUUUUCUUA